AUGGACGAGACAUGCUUGCCACGAAGCAAGAGAACUGGACGAAUCUUGGCAAAGCGAUCAAGACCUGGUGGACCUGUUACUUGUGUAUCCUUUCAUGACAAUGGCCAAGGUGAAGCCUCGAUUUUUGCUGCUCGAGGUCCCUAUUUAGAACGUGUCAGAAAGAAGACCACCAAUCAUCAUCAACAUGACGACGACGAAACCGAUCGACUAUUGGUAUUUCCAAAUGGAGGGAUUAUUCAUGGAGUGAGGCACGAUGAUAGAAAAGAUCAAACUAAACAUUGGAAUGCUGUAGUCUUUGGUGGAAAGCUACUGGCCUUUUGUGAUUUGGAUUCUUACUCAUCUCCAAUGAUGACACGGAUAGAUAUCAGCAGUCGUCAUCAGAAUGAUGAUGACAACAACAAAACAACAACACUACCUCAUUUGACGUUGAUUGAUUGGAUCUGGGAUGUCAAAUUCAUUUCCUUUCCCCAUGUCCAGGAAUCUACGACUACUCUUGCAAUUGGAAUGGCGAGGCAUAUUGUGGAGCUAUGGAAAGUCGUCGAGGGUGAUUCAAAUUCAAAUUUAAAUGUCAGUCGCCAGCUACGAAUCCAUGGCCAACCUUCUUGUCAAGUGACGUCGAUGGAUAUUCGAUUCAAGGAUAAUACGCUCACAGUAGCAGCUGGUACAUCCUUUCAAGAGAUUGCAGUUUGGUCACAAGAGCUGCAAUUGGAAGCAAAUCAUGACGACAUGACAAUAAUUUCUACGACGAACAACCAGUCGUCCAUGUCAUGCUCACUGCAAGGGCAUGCGGGAAUCGUCCACGCGGUUCGGUUUUCGGCCAAUGGUCAAGCAUUGGCGUCCACAUCGGAUGAUCGGAGUGUUCGUUACUGGAUUUUGAAUAAUGAUAAUAAUGAUGAUGAUGAUGGUGAUAAGUGGAAACUCCAAUGGGUUGGCUGGGGUCACACGGCUCGCGUUUGGUCCGUGUCUUUUGUUCCAUCCUUACAGAUGGUUGCCAGUGUGGCAGAGGAUGGAACAACCCGUUUGUGGUCUUGUAAGACUGGUCAAGCGAUGGGAUGCAUACAGCAUUCCUCAUCAUUGUGGAAGAUUGAUACACUGCAGGACUUUGCCAUUGCUGGGGCCACGGAUGGAACUAUUCAAUGUUACGACUUGAGAAGCCGCACGCGACAAGAAGGGAACCGGCUCGUCGAGAUUGAUUCGAUUGCUGUUCCUGACGAUAGACCGAAGUCACAGCCAGCAGACGAAGCAAAUAAAUCAAUUGAUGAAACAACAUCUACCAGUGGAGAACCAAAAGCCAAAAAGCCAAAGAAGAAGAAAAAGAAGGUACCAACCCAAGUUAUCGUCGGGAUGCAAUGGUCCGACAUUAAAGCCGACAAUCCAGUACUGCUGGUGGCAACACGAGCAGGAUCUUUGAUGCAGCUUUGUGUUGGCUCGAAGAAUGAAUGGGAUAUUAUGGAACCAUGGUGGACCGAGUCCCUCGAACAAGCUCAUGGCAUUCACUCCACGGAUGGUUGCUGCAUGGCACUACACUCGAGCCAGAUUGCCAUUGGAACAUCACGUGGUGAUAUUGUCCAUAUCCCCAACAAAUCUGGUCAUAAUCAACUGCUAUCGGCACGAAAUCUCAAAUCGGUGCAGGGACUGAAAUGGGUGGAUGCAACAACUUUGAUUUCCUUUCACGUUUCUUCCGUAGCGGUAUGGUCCAUUGCUUCGUCUGAAAAUGCCUUGUUGCCGACAUGGAUCUGCGAGCUGGAAGGAAAAGGAAAGGGGGUUCCAUUGAGCGCUGCAUAUGAACAAGAUAAUAGACUGGUCGUGGGUGACAGCCGUGGGACAUUAUGGUUAUUCCAAUUGGAUAGUGGGGGUGCUUCUUCUACUGGUGCUGCUGCUGCUGCUGAGUCCAAAACAACGAUGCAAUCAUCAUCGACACUCCCACGCGCACACCAGAAGGAACACAUUCUGGAUGUUGUGUUUCGGGGGAACAAGGUUUGCUCGGUGGGAAAUGAUGGUUGCCUCCACAUUGCGUAUGUGAACGACAACAAUACUUUAUCAAAAGGAUGGUCCGUCCCAGCCGCAUCCAUGACUGGAAUUUGCAAGCUAUGGGACCAGCUGGAUGGUUCUGGAUUUUUAGUAUCGGGUUAUUAUGGCAACACAUACCGUAUGAUGGAUAUGAAAACGGGGCACGAGCUCUUUCACAUUGAUACAGGAGGUCGCCAACGAAGUCUUCACUGUGCCAUUGAUAUGUCGUCAGGGGGUUCUCGUGCUGGGAGCGAACUAUCAAAGUAUGCAGUCGCGAUUUGCAUGAACCAAAAAGAUGGAACAAACUCCAUCAUGAUUCGUCACCUAAAGACUCAACAACAACACCGUCCACUUUCAGUUCCAAAGACGCUUUCCAUGGAUGUGAACAUGCAUAGUGAGACGAUUUUCGACGUGUGCUUGUUCCAAAUCAAAGAUUCGAUACUUGUUUUGACUGGUAGCGAGGAUUGUACAUCAAAACUAUCCAUGUACGAUUCCGGUAGUUUGAUUGAUUCUACUCUGUUGACACCUCAGGAGAGUUGCGUCAAGGCUGUCUGUUCGAGUCAGCACGAUGACAACUCGGCACUUUUGGUGGUUGGAGGAGGCAAACUGAUUCUGCAGUUCUUUCUCGUGCGUUCCAUUAUUCAAUCGUCCACUACUACUAUAGACGACUUGCAAAUUCAAUUCUUGGGUCAGUUCAAGAACCGUGACAAGGCCACCAUUGAUCACCGCAUCAAUGCUGUCAAGGCACUUCCAAUAGUAGCUGGUGAUGGUGAUGAUGAUGAUGAUGAUGAUGAUGAUGAUGAUGAUGAUUCGGAGAGCGAUUCUUUGAGAAAGCACUUGGUGGUUGCGGGCGACUCGGAUGGGUGCUGUCAUUUGUUCAUGGUUUCGGAAGAUGAGAAUAGUGGGAGAAAGGUGUCUCGUGGUAUACUUGUUGCGGCAGGCGAUCGGCCCAUAUUGUGCAUUGAUAUGUGUCCAGUCGGAACAAGUCGCAUUCUAGUGGCGAUUGGUAAUACGGCUGGCGACGUGCUUUUGUUCGAUUUGCCAGGUUCCGCUUCCAAACUCGAACACCAAUGGGACGAACUCGGGCAAACACUGAAACCAUUCUCGUCCUAUCAUGCGCAUCAAAUGGGAACCAAUGCUGUAAAUGUACUGCUAUCACCGGUUUCAAAUGCAUCAGAUGUCAUGAAUGUUUCAGUUUGCACCGGUGGUGAUGACCAAGCCCUUGGCAUGUGCAAGCUAUCCUUUUCCUCCAUAAACGAACAUGACGACGAUGACGACGACAACAACAAGCUUUGCUUGGUGACCGACCCUGUACCACAAGUAAUCAAGGAACUCAGUUUUUCAGCAAUAAAAGGUGUGAAGCAAUUUUGGCAUGGAAACGAACGAUACCUGUUGACAGUCGGAUACACUCAACGACUGGCUCUUUGGCACUGCCGUGGUAGCAGCCUUGAUGAAGACGAAUCAUCAUUAUCGUCUGCCAGCGAAAUACCAACACUGCUGGAUGCAGCCUCUGUGGACUUGGGCGAUGUGAAUUGUCUAGGUGUGCUCAAGAAGAGAACCAAGGAAAAUGACAAAACAACGGGCACGGACCUUCUGGUUGCUGUUGGUGGAAUGGGCGUGGAACUAAUGGAAUUCCCAACAGCAAGUCUGUAA